CCAUCAUCAAUUCUCCGAUCGACUCAGACAGACAGAUUGCUCAACAAAAUCUCCAAAACCAACCCACCCCAAAGCCCAGGUAGGAUUUUGGAAUAAUUCCCCGCAGAUUUCCUUUUCAAAAAAAAUCCAAAAAUCCCAGCUGUUUCAAUGGCGGACACCACCGCAGCAGAAGAAGAGCAAGAAGCGCCGCCGCCGCAGCCAUCGUACUACACGUUGUUUCUGAGAAUUAUGAGCAAAAGGAGAACAUGGGUAUGUAUAUUCGUGUUAGUAUACGCCCUCCUCCUAACUUCUUCAUGGAAUUUCCUCAAAUCCUUGCUCUCCUGGCACAAAUUGCAAGCCCAACAGUCUUCCCCGUCGUACGGAUGGCCUGCCCUUUACGCCUCGGUUCUUCUGGGGGUGGUUUUCGGGCUGCUUUCGAUGUUCGCGGCGCUUGCAGUGAUUGUUCCGGUGACUCUGAUGACGUGGAUCGCCAUCGUGGUUCUGCUGGCCUUCUUCGGGAAGCCGAGGAGGGCGUUGGUGGUGGACGGCGGGAAGAUUACGAGAGAGAUUGUUGGGAUUGUGAUGAGGAUUUUGUUGAAGGAAGGGAAUUUGGUGGCUGCUGGUUGUGCUGUUCUGGGGUAUUUUGCACUUUUUAGGAGGAAUGGGGAGUGAAGUGAUUGACUGAUUUGGUUGUUCGGGGUCUUUUUCUAAUUUGUGAAGAUUUCAGGGAUCUGGGGUUUUGGAUUUUGUAACAUAACAUCUUACUUGUUUUGAUUUUACUGUGGUAUCUGACUGUUAAUUAUUUGUUGUGUUUAUCUAUAUCCUUCCCAAAUUUAGCAA